AUGGAUAAUAUUAGAGACCCUCUAAAAAAUUAUAAAACCAUUUUAACUGAAGGUUUUUAAAAAAUAAUAAAGUUGUUACCCAAAAAAUAUAAGAACUUUAGAGAUUUGAUUUUAAAAUAUAUAGAUUAAAUAAUUUAACUCAAUGAUCGUAAUUAAUUAAGUGCAAACAAAUAUUUUAUAAUUUUGAAAAUGGCAAUGGAUGUUCAUAAUCCUUAAUUGACAUAGUGCACAUUAUAUUAUUUAGAAAAAUUAGUAUCACAUAGGUUUUUAGAUGGAAAUUGCUACGAUUAUACACAAAAUGUAUUUUUAGAAGAUGAUGAUAAAAUACAAUAAUAAUAAUAAUAAUAAUAAUAAUAAUAAUAAUAAUAAUAAUAAUAAGUAAAUAAAAGUUAAAAAUUAAUUGAUUCAAUAAUAAACUCUGUCUGUGAUUGUACUUCAUUAAAAGACGAAGCAGUUCAUGUAGAAAUUAUUAAAUCUCUUUUAACUCUUUCUACAAGUCCUAUUUGUGAAAUAUCAGGGUAAAACUUAGAUUAUAUUGUAAAAACUAUUUUUGGAAUUUAUUACUAAUCUAAAUAAGGAAUAUUGCAAAAUACGUCAAAACAUGCAAUAAGCUAAAUAGUUUCAGAAUUAUUCAAAAAAAUGGAAAACAAUAGUUUUCUUUCAUUUGAAGAAAGAUAAAUAUAUUUUAAUAAAAGGUAAAACAUGUAACCUUUAGCUUAAUCCUCUACCUGUGAAAACUAGUUUAAUUUUUCUAAGCAAUAGGCAGUAAUCCUUAAUGCCUCUGAAGAAUCUUCAGUUAAUAUUAAUAGUUUAUAACAACCAGCUGUAAUUUAAUAAGUAUCAUUUAAUAUUUACAACACUUUACCUCCCGUAAAUUUAGAAGAUAAAAAAAAUUAGAAAAAUUAACUAAUAUAAUAAUAUUUAGGAAAGGUAAUUAUUAAUAUGGUUGAUGAUGUUUGCAUUUAUUACAACAAAAAAGAAAAAAUUAGUUAAAAAUAUUAAGAAGAUAACGAAUAAUAAUAGUUAUAAUAAGAACUUUCUUUAAUCCCUCUCAAAUGCGUGCCUAUAUUCCAAGACAAUGAUAAUCCUUAAUACAAACGUACUAUAUUUACUAAUAUAGAUAAUGAAAAGUAAAUAAAGGCAGGAAAAUUCGGUUGGUGUUUUAUAUGUAGAAAUGAAGCACAGAAUUUUUGUAAAGACACACGUGUACCUAUAUGCUCAAAAGAGUGCAAGUUAAAACAUUUGGAAGAAAUUUAAUUAAUUGAAAGGGUUUGCUUUGAUAAUUAUGGUGAUGGGUAUUUGAAUAAAUAAAUGGUAGAUUGUUUAAAUAUAUUUGAGUUCUUAUGUAAAACUUCAUGUAAAGAUGCUGCAAACAAUCUCUCUUAAUAAUAAUUAAAAGAAAAGGCCUUGGCUUUAGAAUUACUCCUUAUUAUUAUGGAAAAAGGAGGUCCUAUUUUUAUUUCUAGAAAGGAAUUUACUUAGGCUGUAAGGGAUAAUCUUUUACAAAGUCUUUUGUAGAAUUCUUUAAGUACUGAAAAAUCUGUUUUUAUUAUAAGUUUUAGUAUUUUUGCAAAUUUAAUUGAUAACUUUAGGUAAAAUUUGAAAACUGAAAUUGGGGUUUUUAUAGAAAAUGUAUUUAUCAAAUAUCUUGAAAGUUCUAAUGCUAAUUAUAACCAUCGUAUUUAUUGCUUACAUGUAUUUAAUAAAAUAUUCAAAAUACCACGUGCUGUUAUUGAAAUGUUUGUUAAUUACGAUUGUCUUUUGGAUCAAAAUAAUAUGAUAGAACAUAUUAUUGAACUUUUAUGUAAAAUUUCACAAGGAAAAUAUGCCAAACAGGAAUAUUAAAGUUUAAUAAUGCCUGAUUAAGAUAUUGAAUUGAGAAAUUUGGCAACAAAAAACAUUAUUGAGUUGAUGAAAGGAAUUGUCGAUUUUGUGGAUUUAUGUGAUGAAUAAAAUAAGACUUAAUAAAUUGCAGCUGCAUUGCCAAUUUAGACUCUUUAAAAUGAAGAAAACAAUAAUAUGGAUGUUACUUAGAUUUUUGAAGAAAACACUAAAGAUCCUAUCGAAGAAUAAAGAUAGAGAAAAUUAAAGUUUAAAAAGGCUAUUGCUAAAUUCAAUUUUAAACCUAAAUAGGGCAUUUAAUCUUUUAUAGAGGCUAAAAUUAUUGAAGAGAAUAAUCCAAAAUAAUUGGCAGAAAUAUUUUAUACAUACAAUCCUUAACUUGAUUAGGAAAAAUUAGGAGAAUUAUUUGGGUCUGAUAAUGCUUUUAAUAAAAGUGUUUUAGCUGAAUUUAUUGAAUUUAUUAAUUUUAAAGAAAUGGACAUAGUAGUAGGUUUAAGAAAAUUCCUUACUUAUUUCUAGUUACCAGGUGAAGGUUAACAAGUAGAUAGAAUACUUGAAAAAUUUGGAGAAAAAUAUGUUUUAGAUAAUUCUUCAGCAUUCAAAUCGGCUACUGGUGCUUAUACACUGUCUUAUGCUUUGAUGAUGCUUUAAACAUCUCUUCAUAAUACUUAAGUUUAAGAAAAAGAUAGAAUGACUUUACCCUAAUUCAUAAAUUUAGUUAAAGGAGUUGAUGAUGGGGAAUCAUUGUCUGACGAUAGAGUAUAGGCUAUGUAUUUAGAAAUAAAAAAAGCUCCUUUAGCUAUUCAUCAUUUAGAGGCUUAAAAAAAAGCUUUUGAAGAAGCUUUGACUUAAAGUGUAAGUAAAAAAUAGGAAAUGUUUUUAUUAGAAACAGAAUAAAUGUUUGAAAAAUCUCGAAAUAAAAUCUAGAAACAUAAAGAUACUGAAAAUGUAUAUAUUUAAGUUUUUAGUAAGGAUUAUGUUGGAAAUUUACUCUAAAUUAUUUGGAGUCCAGUUUUUGCUUGCCUUUCUUCUCAAGGAAUUGAAAGUAAUAUAAAUAAUUCGUAAACUUAAGAUAAUUAAUAAGGAAAUGAACAUACUAAUACUAUUAAUGGAUUCAAAUACGGUAUUAGGUUGCUUGGAUAGUUUGGAUUAGAAACUGAAAAAGAAACUUUUAUUUUAGAAUUGUGUAGGUAAACAGGUUUAAUGGUAGGAAAUUAUUAAAAAAUUUUAAAAUAAAAAAAUAUUUAUGCAAUCAAAACUUUACUUGAAAUAUGUACUUCAAAUAAAUAUUUCCUUGGAAAAUCAUGGAAAACAAUUUUGUAGUGUGUAGGAUAGUUAGACCAUUAUUUCAACGCCCAUUAAAAUUCUCGAAAAGAUAACGAUUUAAUUAAUUCAGAAACAUACCUUUAAAACAAUUAAAAUGAUUAGUAAUAAUAAUAGGAAUAAAUUGAAAUUAUUAAUGCUUAAGUUGUUGCUAAUUAUAUUGAUUAAUCUAUGGUGGAUAAAAUUUUCCAUAAUUCCAUAUAGUUAGAUGGUGAAAAUAUUUUCGAAUUUAUUAAGUGUUUAUGUGAAUAAUCAAGAGAAGAAAUUGAUUAUAUGUAACCUCCUAGGAUUUUUUGCAUGCAAAGAAUUGCCGAAAUAACAGAAUUUAAUAUGCAUAGAGUUCGUAUUAUAUGGAAUAGAAUUUGGGAAGUAUUAAAAUAACAUUAUAACUAUGUAGGAUGUCAUAAAAAUCAUUAAAUUAGUGCAAUAGCCAUAGAUUCCCUUAAAUAAUUAGCAGUAAAAUUUCUUUAAAUACCCGAACUCGUACAUUAUUAAUAUUAAAGAGAUUUCUUGUCACCUUUCGAGUAUGUUUACUAAAGAGUUAGUAAUGCCCAAUUAAAAGAGUUAAUUUUAAAUUGUCUUUAAUUAAUGACCCAUACAAGAGCUGAUAAUUUAAGGUCAGGAUGGAAAGUAGUAUUAAAAGUUGUAAAUGCAACAUUAUAAGAAGAUAAUUAGGUUUUGGUUGAUUUAGCAGUUUCAAUUACUGAUAUGAUAAUAUAAUAAAAAAGCUUUGAUAAUUUAAUUGAUGUAUAUGCUGAUCUUAUUCAUGCAUUGACAAACUAAACGAAAUACAAAUAAGAAAAAAUAGCUCUAAAAGCGCUAGAUCAUUUAAAAAAAUGUAUUAAAUUUUUGGUAGAAAAUACUCAUAAGGAUGAAUAAUAAUAGUAGCAAUCUGCAAAUAAUGUUGUAAUUGCAGGAAAUAGUAAAAAAAGCUUAAUUAUUAAUGAAUCUAAGAGAUUAUUGGAGGGAUAUUUAAUACCUAUUUUGAAUAAUUUUGCUUCUUUUUUUUCUGAUGAAAGGCCUUCUAUAAUUAAGAAAAGUGUAAAAUAUUUAUUUGAAACAAUAAAACAAUAUAGUAACUAAUUCAAUUAAGAAUUUUGGAAUCUAAUAUUUAAAGGAGUUAUAAGACCUCUUUUUGAUGAUAUGUAGUUUACUUUUUAAAAUAUGCAAUAUUCAAAUAAAUAACUUUAUAAUGCUACUAAAAUCACCAGCCACAAAGCUUUCUAAGAAUUUGUUAGUAUUUAUGUUUAAUAUUUUAAUACAUUAGAAAAUUGUAUGGAUGAAUUCCUUGCUAUAAUUAUAAAUUGUGUUUUGACUAGCGAAGAAACUUUAUCUUCAAUAUGCUUAGAAAAUUAUAAAUAAUUUUUAUUGUAAAUAUCUUAAAAUUUGAAUUAAGGACAUUGGGAUAAAAUAAUAUAAUCUCUUGUUUAUAUGUCUGAGUCUUGUACCCCUGUUGAAAUACUAAAUAUUUCAGAAAUACAUGAAGAUUUUAAUAUAUCUUUAUAUGAUUUAGUUUAAAAAGAAAGUAUUUUUGUACCCUCUAAUUCAUUAGAUAUUAAUUUCAAUAAAAACAUAAUUUAAUGCGUAAUUUUUAAAAAUAUUCUCAGUUUUAUUAGUGAUAUUUUUGAAAGUUUUACUUAAUUUUUGACUUAAUAGCAUAUUGAUUAAAUAAUAUAAAUGCUUUAAAAGCAUGCUACUUUUACAAGAGAAUUCAACAAACGCAUAUAUUUGCGCUUUUAUUUAUGGAGAAGUGGUAAAAAAUAUUAUUUUAAAAUAUAUAUAAUAUUAAUUAAAAUAAAGGAUUGA